AUGGAGGUGUUUAAUAAGUUCUAUUCAUCUGUUACGAGUACGGUUUCUCAAUUGUCUGGUGUACUCCCUGGAAAUCCAGUGACUAGAGAAUUUGAAGCUACUCAAUACAUCGCAAGUGCUGGACCAGGUCUGUUGUGGAAGGUUUAUACAGGCUACAAAAAAUCAACUAAGCAGGAGGCUUCGAUUUUUGUAUUUGAAAAGAAACAAUUAGACAGAUGGUCAAAAGCAGACAGGGAUAUCAUGUUAGACAUAUUAAAACGGGGUAUUCUACAGCUAACUAAACUCCGCCAUCCUCAAAUACUUACAGUUCAGCAUAGUUUAGAAGAAAGCAGAGAAAGCUUAGCAUUUGCUACAGAGCCGGUUUUUGCUAGCUUAGCAAACAUUCUUGGUAACACAGAUAACAUGCCACAGCCGACACCUAGUCACCUUGUUAACUAUAAACUGUAUGAAGUUGAGAUUAAGUAUGGUCUUAUGCAAAUAGCUGAAGGUUUAGCAUUUUUACAUAAUGAUGUAAAGUUGUUACAUCACAAUAUCAGUCCUGAAUCUAUUGUAGUUAAUCAACAAGGAGCUUGGAAAAUAUUUGGAUUUGAUUUUUGUAUUGCAAACCAGAGUCCUACAGGGCAAGCACCAUUUUGGCCUUUUAGUGAGUACUGCCAGGCUAUGCCAGCAUUGACACAAUCAUCUUUAGACUAUCUAGCUCCUGAAUAUAUUCUUUCCGCAACUCAUUCUCCAGCCAGUGAUAUUUUUUCUUUGGGUAUGCUUGUCUAUACUAUUCAUAGCACUGGGCAUCAACCGCUUGGAAAUAUAAGUGGGGAUUAUUCUAAAUUUAGAAGGUUUGUAAAUGAAUUGAGAAACUUGCCUACAUCAAAGCUUCUAUGUGUAGCAGAAGGGUUAAGAGAAUAUGUAAAACUUAUGUUAAAUGUUACACCAGAGUUGAGGCCCGAUCCUCAUCAAUUGUUAAAGAUAUCUUAUUUUGAAGAUGUUGGUGUGAAAACUCUCAACUAUUUAGACUCUCUGUUUCAAUGGGAUAACCUUCAAAAGUCUCAAUUCUACAAAGGUUUACCGCAGAUUAUUCAAAAAAUGCCCCACAGAAUAUGUAUUUAUAGAAUAUUACCAUGUCUAGCAAAAGAAUUUGUCAAUCCACCAAUGGUACCUUUUAUUCUACCUAAUGUUUUGUUGAUCGCAGAAAAUUCAGCAAAAGAGGAAUUUAUCAAAUACAUACUACCUGUUUUGAAACCUGUUAUGUUAAUACAAGAACCAAUACAGAUAUUACUUAUUUUUAUGCAAAAAAUGGAGCUAUUGCUAAAACUUACUCCAGGUGAGGAAGUAAAAACAGAUAUCCUUCCAAUGUUGUAUCGAGCAUUAGAAUCUGAUGCACAACAAAUACAAGAAUUAUGUUUGUCGGUAUUACCAACAUUUGCAUCUUUAAUAGAUUAUCCAGCUAUGAAAAAUGCUUUAUUGCCAAGAAUAAAAAAGUUAUGUCUACAAACAAAUUAUUUAUCUGUUAGAGUAAACUGUUUGUUAUGUCUGGGAAAAUUAUUGGAACAUUUAGAUAAAUGGCUGGUCCUGGAUGAAAUUAUACCAUUCUUGCCUCAAAUACCUUCACGGGAACCAGCUGUACUAAUGGGGAUUCUUGGUAUAUACAAAUUAACUCUAAGUCAUAAAAAAUUAGGUAUCACUAAGGAAGUGAUGGCCACAAAGGUGUUGCCUUUCUUAAUACCACUUUGUGUUGAAAAUGGUUUAACAUUAAAUCAAUUUAAUGCACUCAUGGCCUUGGUAAAGCAAAUGUUAUCGAAAGUGGAGGCUGAGCAUAGAACUAAGCUGGAACAACUUAAUUCCAUACAAAAGGAAUCUAAAGUAAUGGAGCAUGCGCUGACACCAACAUCAGACAACUUAGUACCAACACCGCAAACAGACAUUGACAAGAUGUUUUCUGGUCUUGGAAUUGAUCCAUUCGCAUUUAGUUCUAAGCCACAGGAGAAGGAAGCAUUGCCACCUCUUAAAGAUGCAAUGUCUCUUAGUAUGGAAGAUAAGCAAAGGUUAGCACAGCAACAAGAAACUCAACGAAAGAUGUCACGGCAAGCACCAACGAUGCCCACGGCCAAAGUUGUGCCUCCCCCACAACUUCCUAAAGCUGUAGAUUUAACCAGUUCGUUACUUCAAUCUAAUCUUACACAAUUGUCGAAACCACAAUCUAGUUUAAAUCCUAAUUUAACUCACAAUAAUAAUUCAAUGACCUAUCAAAUGAGCACUAAUAAUUUUAUGAGUGCAUCUCCAAUAGGAAAAGUGGGCAAUCCAAUUGGAAAACCCGUUGGGAGUCCGGUUGGGGACACAAUUACUAGUCCAGUCGGUAAUACACUGAAUAGCCCCAUUGGUAAUACAAUGAGUAGCCCAAUUGGUAAUACAAUGAAUAGUCCAGUUAGUAAUACAAUGGGUGCAAUGGGAAAUUUAAAUUCCCCAAUGAGUAGUAUGACUUACGGUUUUCAAAAUCACUUAGCUCUAACAUCCUCUCCACCACCUCCAAAUGGUAAUUUUAAUAAUAAAUGGACUAAUCAAACAAAUAUUAAACAAGAUUGGUCCGCUUUUGAAUCUCUUUUACCGAAUUCUAAUGAAAAUAAAAAUAGUAGUGACAAAAAAUUUGGUAAUAAUGAAAUGAUGGAUUUAUUGGGUUAA